CACUAUUUGUCUUAUACACUCAUAUCACUAGUCUCUCUUUCACUGUUCUCUCUCUCUGUCUCAUAUUCACGUUCUUUCUGUUUCUUAUAGUGUCUCUCUCCUCUACUGCGUUUACCAGUAUUCACUCGGCACACGGUCGCUUUCGACACGCCGGGCGUUUUCUGAUUCCUUGAUUUACAAACGGUGACUUGUAUAUUUGUACAUACAUGUAUAUAUAUUAUAUAUAUAUUUCUAUCUUAAUACCAAGAAGACAGAAAGAAAACAAGUUGAACAUUCAUACAUUCUAAGCAAUCCUAACGGGACAGAAAAAGACAAAGAAUAUUACAAACGAAACAUUUAAUUUUACUCCGGAAUUUGGAUAUAUAUGUACUAUAUAAAUAUAAAUAUAUAUAUCUUUAGAGGAAUUACCGAUUUUCUUCAUCUCUAAACCAUUUUUGGACACGAUCUGUCUACUUUCUUUUACAUUCUUGUUGUUAUAAACACUUUCUGUUUUGAUAAUUUAUGUAUAAUUUUGGACCUGAUACGUUUAAUUAAACAUAUCUCAGAAAUUAAUACUUUUAAGAACAAGACAACAACAAAAACACAAGAUCGCUUUACUGUGUGAUUAUUAUAUGAAGUUUAAUAACAACAAAGCGUUCAGUUUUGUUUGCUUUGGUCAUAAUUUUUUUGAUCGGAUUUGUGCCGAGUUUGGAGGAAGACACAACAUAUCAGCUUCGACAUACGCUUUAAAAGAGACUUUUUUGAGGAAUUCAUUCAUUUGAAUAUUUUCCUCUCCUUCACUGUUUCAUCGGAAUUAUUUACCUGUCGUUUUCUGUUUUUUAACUUUAUUUUGUUAACAAAUUGUCAAAACAACUAGGAUUUUUUCUUCUUGUGCGUGUGUGUUGCUGCUGUUUUGUUUCGCGAGUUCUCUACAAUUUAAUGUUUAGUUUUGAUCCAUCGAUGAAAAUAAUACACGAACGUAUUUCUUAAGAAUAUUAACAUUUUUUCUUUCUCACAUCUAGAGCAAUUUACAGACAUCACUCAUCUGUGUUGUUAUAUCAUUUUAAGAUCUCUUUCACGAAAAGACCUUAUCUUGUAUUAAUAAUCAGUCAAGCAGAAUAUCUCUCUUUUCUGAUAUUAAUAUUUUUUAAUUGAUUAUUGGUUGUUAUUUGUGUUUAAAUAAGAAAACAUUUAUUUCCCAUUAAGUGGUGGACAAUCCCCCGCCGGCUAUCCAAUAACAUCAUUACCACCCACUCUAUCACUAUCUGUCGUCAACACCGUCAUCAUCUUUGUCUAUAACAACAUCUUCGUUACCGAAAUAUAUUAGUAGUAGCAGACACAAUUAUUUCAUUCAUUCAUUCAUUGCCACUUCUACUAGUAGGAUUGGUUUUGGUUGGCUGCUAAUACCGUUAGUAGUAAUAGUAGAAUUGAUACAACCAAUUACUACUGUAGUAGUAUUAUUCGUGUCUUUUAUAUUCUCCUUCCUUUGAACCCGUUCACCCUGUGUCCUUGGACUCAAAAUUCCAGGUGGGGUUCAAUGUUAUAUUAACUUCUGCCGACAUAGACCAUCGCCAGUUACCUUGGAUUCCGGUCAUACACCAAUAUCUAUUCUAAGCUAUUUCGUUCCAUCAUUUUCGUUCCACUGUCUUUAGAAAUCCAUUCUAUUCUUGCAUUUCUAUUUAUAGACAUUUAUUACCUUUAGCUCUCUCUCUCUCUCUCUCUCAUUUAAAAUUCUUGGUCAAUAACUCUUUAUACGUCGCUCGACAACCAGCUUUCUCAUUUCCUCCAUCAUGUAAAAUUUAACUUUCACAUUACAUUGACACUAUAAUUUAAAAUAAUUUAUCUUUCCGUAACGUUUUGAUAUAUUCACACUGUUAGGAUUCAUUUUAACAUUUGCCACUGCCAUUAUUUAUGUACUUUAAUAUAUUAAUUUAUAUUCCUUAUUCAAGGAAAUGUCAUCGUAGAUCAUAAUUUCAAAGCACCCCAAAACUAGUUACAUUAAUGUCUAGAUGACCUUCUCCGACACUCCAUUUAUACGUACAUUUUUAUUUGUCACCGUAUAAAAUUAUAUUUUUAUGGCACCUUGUUGCUUUUUAGUUUUGUCUAGUAGUUGUAGUCACCAUCUAAUUUCGUGUCAUUUGAAUUGCAUUCCGUCCACCUUCCUAUUGAUUAGGUUGGAUAAUGUUAACUGCUGUUCUGGUGCUAGUCUGUGAAUCUUGGAAUCAUGCUGUUUUUGUGUACACAACACUUGCCUUAGUUUUGUUAAUUAGCCGCUAUGGCACUGUUCUCACUCGUCUGAUACUCUUUCAAACCUGGUGGAACAACAAAAAUAUUAUCAACGCACACUCCUCCUCCGUUGGCAAAACACAUUUAAAGGUACCUGGCUCAACUUACAAGUGGACCACAUCAUCUGCUCAAACAGAAUCAUCGACUGAAUCGUCAACUGAAACUUUAUCCUCUGAGACUGAUCAAAGAGAGGUUAAAACAGAAUUGGCAAAUAAAUAUUUGUCAAAUUGCUUAAAAAAGUUGGGACUAAGAAAAGAAUUUUACAAUCCAAAAAUGUUACUUGAAAAUAUCCUUAUUCAAGAUUCUAUGCUGUUUGGCAAAAUCUUUUCUAAAGAUAAACCAGAACUAGAUGAGCCCUCUGCAGAAAUGGUAGCCAAUCUACCAUCUAUAAUUAUCGAUCAUGACAAUGAUCUCUUUUUUGAACAAUUAUCAGCAUUUACUCAAAUGGUGAACAAAGAAACUGAUUGGUUUCAGCAUCAUUCUAGUGAACCACAACUAUCCUGCUCCUCUUCUUUCUCCUCCUCUUUAUCAUCUCAGUGGCUAGGGGCACUUAAUGGUGAUGAAUCCUUUUACGACAGGCUUCCUGCUUCACUACCGUCUUCACCUUUACGCCAACGCUUGGCUAAUUCCCUAGAUUCAGUUGGAAACUCUUUCUUCUCUUCAUCAUCUUCACCUCUUACCAGCUGCAGUGAAGAGGACAUUAAAAUUCUUCAACAGCAAUAUAUAGCUGCUUGUCUUGAAAAAAAACUGAAAGAUCUCCAUAAACAGUGCAGAGAGAACUCUGAGUAUCAGCUUGGAGACCGCAACAACAAUGGCAGUGUUGUCAGCUCUAACAGUUUCUGCACCAAACCAGAACAACCCUCAAGUGAUAGUAAUAACUCCUUGUGUAACCAUUCCUCAUGUCAGAAGCACAGGAAGUGCUGCUGUCCAAAUGCCAAUUAUUCAACUUCACAGGAACUUCAAUCACCCCAUCACAAUUCUCCACCAAAAAAAAUGAAGAUCAAUAAAAAACUUAGGAACCCUUUAAAGAAAAUUAACAAAACGGUAACCCUUUACCGAAAAAUGCCUCUUCGGUCGCUGUCUCGCUUAUGGGGAAAAGUAAACCAAUUAGAUCUGCCUGUUUUCAUGCGGAUACCUGUGUUUCGGAUAUACAUUUGGGCAUUUGGCUGCAACAUUGAAGAAGCAGAGGAAGAGGACUUGAAAACGUAUCGAAAUCUCGGAGAAUUCUUCCGCAGAACUUUAAAACCUCAAGUGCGGCCAAUUGAUGACAUACAUUUAUUGACAAGUCCUUCAGAUGGUACCAUCACACAUUUCGGUCGAGUGGAGAAUGGUGUUAUCAAGCAAGUAAAAGGAGUGAACUUUUCUGUUGAGGGUUUCAUUGGACCAGUCAGUUGGAAAUCCCCAUUUUUAUCAUCGUCAUCUUCAUCCUCAUUAUCAUCAUCAUCCUCCUCCCAAUCAUCUUCGCCAGACUCUUCAUCAAUGUCCUCUUCCUCCUCUUUGUCAUCAUCAUCUCUUCGAGAGGACAUAAACAACAGUCAUAAUAAUGUAAAUGCCCACAUUGACCAAAACCAGAAGAUUCUUUCCCAGCUGAUCCAUCCAGAUAAUGUAUUAUAUCAUUGUGUUAUUUACUUGGCACCUGGAGACUAUCACCGCUUUCAUUCCCCUACAGACUGGAUAGUUUACUUCAGAAGACAUUUUCCAGGUGAAUUACUGAGUGUACAUCCCGGUAUGGCACGGUGGAUCAAAGGACUGUUCAACCUUAAUGAACGUGCUAUGUAUGUCGGACUUUGGAAACAUGGAUUUUUUUCGAUGACCGCUGUAGGGGCUACCAACGUCGGUUCCAUCCGUAUCUAUAAUGAUCAUGAACUUGCCACAAAUACAUGGAAAAAACCAGAUGGUAAUAACACUGACAAGUAUUUACCAAAUGAACAAAGUCCUGGAAUUCAAGUUGGGAAAGGUGAUCUCUUUGGUGAAUUCAAUUUAGGUUCCACCAUUGUUCUUAUUUUUGAGGCUCCUAAGGAUUUUACAUUCAACGUGGAGCCUGGACAGAGAAUAAAAUAUGGUGAAGCCAUUGGAACAUAGCAUUUGCAUGACCAGUUAGAAUUAAACACAUGAGGUAAUUUGUGACCAGAAACAUGCUGAGAAGAUCAAUAUGUUAGGUAGGGAGGAAAAUGAUUUUAAACAAUGAGUCAGAUUUUCAAGCUUCCCUACAGAUUCUUGACAAUGAAACCAAGAUUGUAUGUGUUAAAACCGGACCAUAUGUUUAUGGAAUAUCUUUUAGGUGCAGGAGAGAGAAUGGAAAUAAGACAAAAUAAAUAAACAAACAAACAAAUAAUUAAAUAAAACAGCCAAGAAAACAAAAUGUUAUUUUCAAUCAAUGAGAAAGAUAAAAUCUAUACCUUACCAAAUUGAAGAAUCUAGUCCAAGAGGCCUUGUUUUCUUUUACUUUUUUAUUUUUGUUUUCUUCUCCCACUUGAAAAAUUCUGUAUACUUGUAAGCCUGGCUCUGGCACAACAUGCAUAUAUAUAUAUAUAUAUAUAUAUAUAUAUAUAUAUAUAUAUAUAUAUACAUAUAUGCACACACACACACACACACAAUGUUAAGGUCUUAUUUUAACAAAAUGUUAAGAUUUAUGCUAACAGUCCAUGUUCAUGAAAUCUUCCCUCUUUUGUAUAUGUAUAUAUAUAUAUAUAUAUUUGGUAUUAUUCAUUAAAAAAUACAGACAAAACCUUUUGUCUAAAAAUGUGUACAAAUUUAAUUUACAUAAACUUGUUGAAAACCAAAACUCUACAAAAACUAAGCUAUAAAAGGGAAAAGAAAAAGAUUGUUGCAGUCAUUAUAAAAAUACUUCUUUCCCCAUUGUUCCUUAUUUUUUAAGAGCAUUCUUGUAAUAGCCAAAGACUGGGUCUUUGGGUCAUUUUGUGCUACAUUCUUGGUAGUAAUUACCUUAUGUUUAACUUAUAGGAUAAAUACAUUUUCUUUUCUUUUUGCAUUAAAAAAAAAGUGGGAAGAAGGCACUAAAAAUGAGUGGGAUGAACUGUCUCAACUUAUUUUGCUUAUAGGAAUUUUAAUUGGUAUAUUCUAUUUGUGGGAUGGUAGCUUUUUUUCUUUUUUUUGUACCAUGUAAGAUUAUGGGGAUUAAAAAAUAAACAAAUACAUAAAUAAUUUGUUCUCAUCUGCAUCACAUCAACAUUGAAAUAAAGCUGCUUGAAUCCAAACUAAGCUGCAACCACUAAAUUAUACCUCUAGGUGUAUAUAACAGUUCAUCAUGUUGAAAAUAGCUGUUGCUUUCACUCGAAAGCAUUAAAGGAGAAAGUAUAAUAUUUAGAAAGGUUUGGAGUUUUUUUCUAAUAUGCUUGGUAUUUUGUACUUAAUACCCGUUGCAAAUAGCAUAAUAUAAAAUAAUUACAACAGUGAUACAAAUUAAAACAUGUACACUUAUACAAUACACAGUCAUACAUAUGUCAACAUAGUUUUUCUUUUGUUUUUCUUUUUGUUGUUUUUAUUUUUGCCUUUAUAACUCAAAGCCAUUCUCUUCAUAAAUUGUGCAAGUUGACAAGCAAAGUCCUCCAACGAAUGGACUGUCACUAUAUAUAUAUAUAUAUAUAUAUAUAUAUAUAUAUAUAUAUAUAUAUGCACAUACAAUCAUUUGGAGGUACAAAUGAAAGAAUAUAUAUAUGUUUAGGUGAUAAAACAUUCUUUUUGUCAUCAGAAUGAUCACACACAGUGAAAAACUCUGAGUAGCGACAGAAUCACCUUUUUCCAGAAAUAUGUUGUGUGUGUGUGUGUGUAUGUUUAUACUGAGGGUGUGUGUUUGUAAAUUCUUUUUCUAACUGAUCGUCAUUUAACAGUUUACUCAAGUGAUUACAACAUAGAUACUGAGGCCAGUAUCAAAAUCCUGUUUUUAAAUAUUUUAUAUAUCUAGAGAUAUAUAUAUAAAGAAAAAUUGUUACAGACCAACUCCUUUUGCUAUCAUUCCUUUCAAUCCACCAAACUAACUAAUCCAGGAUUCAACAAAUGAUUAACCUCUACUUGUAUAUAAUUUAUGGAUUCUUUUCAAUCAUUUGCUCUGUCUUGUUAAUGUAUAUAUAUAUUCAGGAGUUUUAGGCAAUAUCCCUUGUCAUCUUCCAAAAUUGUGAAUAAAAUUAAAUGCAUUGAUAA